AUGUAUCCUGUUACAAUAGAGCUGGGUAACAAGUCUACGCGACUACUUGUAUCAGCUCUACCGACGCUUUCGGAACAUGUCAUCUUAGGCAUGGAUUUCUUAAGGAAGCGAGACCUGACUAUCACCAUCGAUGGCCAACCUCUAACCGCUACACGCCUAAGCACACCGGCACCCACCGAUCAUCUUGCUAUGCUAACCGAGAGCGUAGACGUCACCGGAUCAGCCGCCCGAACUCGCCCGAGGGCAUCCAAGCAGCCCCAGGAGCACAGCGGCAGCAAACAGCAACCGCGGCCGGACAUAAAACCAGCCGAACUAGAAGCAUUGCCGCGGCAGACGCCGCUCAGCACGAACGCCCGUAAAAUACCAACCACCAGACGAGUCCCAGCUGCAUGUGAAGGAAAUCGCGAAGCCUGUGCUACGACAGGACUGCGCGCCGCCCAAACCUCGACACACCCCGUAGGCAGAACAAAUGCUCAGGUGACGCUCUCAGCAGAUCGAAGCGAAGUGACGGCUGCAGCUUCAAUCCGACUCGUCCAGCGAGGCACUGCAGCGAGUACCGCCACGGCCGAAGCCAGCAUUAAUAAGCAACUUGUAAGGAAUGCGCACGAGAUACCAGCAAACACAGCGACUGCCAGUGUUAACGCAUGCUCGAACGACGAUGGGGCGUCUGCCCCAGCAAUUGACAAGACCAACGUCGAGACGACGCCGCCUCACCCAAAAGCGACGCCAACCCCGACGACGACCCGGCCUCCAACUGCCGAGAUCAGCGCACAACCGGCCACGCCUGACACAUCGCACCAAGAAGUGACACCGGUGACCGAAAUCCCAGGGUUCCUGGAAGGGCUGGUAAUGACACGACAGCACUUUAUCAAGCGCUCCAAGCGAACGCUAUUCUUCCGGGGCCGACGUCUAGCCCUACAGAAGCUAGAAGGCGACCGGGUUCUGGUGCGAUACGGCGAGGACAGAUGCGUGCUUCAUUUAUACGAGUAA